AUUUUGAAAUCAAAGGACCGGCGUCCAUCUGAUUCUACAGAAUUCAACUCAUUUUCGGGACAAAAAGAAGGAAGAAAUCAUGGCUUAUAAGGGGCAAAAGGUCCAGAAAGUUAUGGUGCAACCUAUUAACUUGAUUUUUAGGUAUCUCCAAAAUGUAAGAGAAAGACAGUGAUUUUUGUUUAUAUUCCAGGGAUUUGAUGAAUACAUGAAUCUUGUCCUGGAUGAAGCAGAAGAGAUCCAUCUUAAAAGCAAAACACGAAGACAACUAGGACGUAUACUCAUGAAGGGUGAUAACAUUACACUGCUGAUGAAUGCAGCACCAUCUUAAAAAACACCAUCAAGKUUAUGUCCCAUGUGCGUGUAAUAUACUGGCAAACCAUCUAAAAUAUACUUUGGUGUAGAAGUCUGAUCUGGACCAYCGAAAGGCCAAAAAACUUUACAUUCUAAUACCUUUUUUACACCAAAUUAUAGAAAUGUUGUCAUAUUUAACAUAUAGUUCAUACAAGCCAAGAGUGAAAUGGACUAUGGAAUACUAUACAUAAAUUAGUAUUUAGCUAUUUCAGCAUUUCUUCAAUUUGAGAUACUUUCUCAGCCAACAUGAUCUACAAUGCAUGAUGUAAUUUUUCAAAGUGAUGCWUGUAUCAUCAUACAAUUUGUGUGUAGUUUAUUUGUAAAACUGUUUUUGUUGGCUUGCUGUUAUGAAAUACUUUUAUUCAUACAUUAUACUUAAAUGUAUUAUACAGCAUKGUCCUUUUUUAAAGCAGAUUUUCUGUAGAGUUUCUGAUACAAUAUCAGAAAUAUAGCAUUCUCUAUACAUGUAAACAUGUACCAAGCAUUCCUAAGGAAAGUUCUUUCAAACACAAACUUCUUAGACACCUUUUUCAAUUUAUGGUUAAAAAAAUGUUAUUUUCUUUACGCAAACAAAUAUAAACAAGUGUAACUUAGUAAAUAAAGUAAUUUUGAAUGUUU